ACCAUUUUGUUUUGACCACAAUGACCAGUAUGUUGCUUAGAAAGUUCCAAGAUUUAUUUUAGGUUUCACACGGAAACUUGCAUGAUAUUGCAAUAAAAAAAGCAUCUGUGGUUCUUGGAAAGUUCAGAGUCACACCAAAAGCAAUGUAAAAAGCAUCAAUAUGGGACUUUAAAGUUCAAAGAGUUGCUGGACACACCGAAAGCAAUCCACCUUUAAAGGCUCCUCUUGCUUGCAUUCACCUUCUUCCUAAUUUGUCUCACUUUCCGGAGUUAUAUUGCAAUCCCUUCACAGUUUUCUUUCUCCUCCUUUCAGAUCUUUACAGCUGUUUGCUCAUAAAUCUUAAUGGCUCUUGUGACCUGCAAAGAAGCCUCAUCUUCUUCUUUCACUCACCAACCCAAGAAAUUUGAUGUCUUCUUGAGUUUUAGAGGUGAAGAUACCCGUCUUGGUUUUGUAAGUCAUUUGUAUAAUGCCUUGUGUCAACAGGGUAUUAAUACUUUUAUUGAUAAUAACCUUCAAAGGGGAGAAGAAAUUUCUGUAGGACUUUUCAAAGUCAUUGAAAGUUCAAGGAUUUCAAUAAUUAUAUUUUCUGAAAACUAUGCAUCCUCCAAAUGGUGCUUGGACGAACUUGCCAAGAUUGUUGAGUGUAAGAAAAAAGACCAAUUAGUGCUACCGAUUUUUUACAACAUAGAUCCAUCAGAGGUUCGUAACCAAAAAGGAAAGUUUGGAGAAGCACUAUCUAAACAUGAAGAAAAAUUAAAGGAUUACAAGGUGCAGAGCUGGAGGGAAGUUUUAUCUGAAGCUGCAAAUAUAUCUGGUUGGCAUUACCAGCGUAGGUAUGAAUUUAAUGACAACUAUUGUACUUUUUAUGAGUUUCACUGGUUUGUUAUGAUAACUGAUUUUAUUGUUAAACAACAAUUACCACUAAUUUAUCAGUGUUAGUUUUU